UCUCCAACUUUUUAUUCGUUGGCGUCACUGACAGAGUCGAUGGCCGGCCUCUCUUCUACUUUACGCUUCGGGAAUUCAGUCUCACUGCCGACCAUGAUGAUCUCACGACCGGCAGUUUCUCUAUCUAGUCGCCGACUCUUGCCGGAAUUCAAAGGAUUGAGGAUCCAAUCAUAUUCAACGAUUUCGUCCGCGCCGUCGGAUUCGAGAUAUCCUAGGGUUUCUAAUCGUAGAGGACGCUUUGUUUGCGAAGCUCAAGAAACUACUCUUGAUAUUCCGGCCGUGACUGAUGAAACAUGGCAAUCACUUGUACUCAAGGCUGAUGGACCUGUAUUAGUCGAGUUCUGGGCUCCAUGGUGUGGACCUUGCCGCAUGAUGGAUCCUGUAAUAGGUGAUCUAGCACAGCAAUACGUAGGAAGACUCAGGUGCUUUAAACUAAAUACCGAUGAUAGCCCCUCGAUUGCUACCAAAUAUGGAAUCCGGAGCAUCCCGACGACCAUGAUCUUUGUGAAUGGCGAGAAAAAAGAUGCAGUUGUCGGUGCUGUACCCAAAACUACCCUAUCAACAAGCAUUGAGAGAUUCUUGUAGAUAGCCCAUAGGUAGUGAUAUUGAGUGAGAUGUCCAAUACUCAUCACCCAUUCGGCUUGGUUAGAUGCUUUGCCCUCUCCAUCUGAUGUUGAAAUCUUCUCUACUUCGUUCUCAAAUUUGGAAA